AGACAUUGCAGACAGUGUGUGGGCUGUUUUGUGUCUUUUCUGGGCCUUGAAAGGAUCUUUCUCCUCCUCACCCCUUUCACUAUUAAACCCAGAAAAAAACAUCUCCUUCUUCUGUUCAUCAAUCAUUCUCUUCUCGAUUUGCGAUCUAAUUCAUAAUCCAAUUCUUAUUCAUCACCAUGGCUCUCUCAACUCCUCUUUCUCAGAUGUCUGUUACACUUCCUAUUGGGAUUGAUGGGUCAAGCCGAUCUAUGAUCAAGGUGCAAAGUGUAAGCUUCACUGACAAGUCAUGGAGUCCUCUUUUGAGAUUAGAUUCAUCAGUAUCUAGGAAACUGAGUUUGAAGAAACGGUCCACAGUAUGUAUGUCACUUCAGCAGCAAGCAAGCAGAUCCAAAGUCUCGGUUACUCCUAUAGAGCUUGAAGAUCCCAAAGAGGUUCCGUUGAACUUGUACAGGCCUAAGGAGCCUUACACUGCAACGAUUGUUUCGGUUGAGAGAAUUGUUGGUCCACAAGCACCUGGUGAGACUUGCCACAUUGUGAUUGAUCAUGAUGGGAAGGUUCCUUAUUGGGAAGGACAGAGCUAUGGUGUGAUCCCUCCUGGUGAGAAUCCUAAGAAACCUGGUGCUCCUCACAAUGUUCGUCUUUAUUCUAUUGCGUCAACAAGAUAUGGUGAUUCUUUUGAUGGCAAGACUGCUAGUUUAUGUGUUCGCCGAGCUCAGUACUAUGAUCCAGAGACAGGAAAAGAAGAUCCUUCUAAAGCUGGUGUAUGCAGCAACUUCUUGUGCAAUUCUAAGCCUGGAGAUAAGGUCCAAAUCACAGGUCCAUCAGGAAAGGUAAUGCUUUUACCUGAAGAAGAUCCGAAAGCUACACACAUCAUGAUUGCUACUGGAACUGGAGUUGCUCCAUUCAGAGGGUACUUGCGUCGUAUGUUCAUGGAGAAUGUUCCUAUGAAGUUUGAUGGACUCGCGUGGCUCUUCCUCGGUGUAGCUAACACAGACAGUCUUCUCUACGAUGAAGAGUUCUCAAGCUACCUCAAGGACUAUCCAGAGAAUUUCAGGUAUGAUAAAGCGUUGAGCAGAGAAGAGAAGAACAAGAAAGGAGGGAAGAUGUAUGUGCAGGACAAGAUUGAGGAGUAUAGUGAUGA